AUGGACUUGUCUUAUGUUCAACAAUGCAGCAAGACCAAAAGCUUACUUCACAAUGUGGAUUAUGAUGAAUCAAAGGCUAAUAACAGUGGACAGAUUGCUCAGUGGGGAGUUAUAGUAGAGAAGACAUGUGUGCUAUGCAAGAAUGAUGAUGAAAAUGCAGAACAUCUGUUUAUGCAAUGUAACUUUGCUAGAAGAAUGUGGAUAGAGCAACAAGGUAAUGUUCCGGUGACAUGGGAGCAGUUUAAGAAGUGGUGUAUCCUUCAUGGAAAAGGGAAGAGCUCAGCAUCACAAAUGUUCAAGAUUAUAUUGGCUGAAGGUAUCUAUGGAUUGUGGAUGGAGAGAAAUAGAAGGAUCUUUGAGCACAAGAGCAAAAAUGAGGAUCAAAUAGUUAAAGAGAUAGCCUAUGUAACUAUUGCUAGAAAUCCUUCUAGAAUGAAGGAAAUUGUAAGUCAAUGGACAUUUAUGUAA